AUGCCCAAGAACAAGGGAAAGGGCGGUAAGAACCGUCGUCGUGGAAAGAACGAGAACGACAACGAGAAGCGUGAGCUCGUCUUCAAGGAAGAAGGUCAGGAGUAUGCGCAGGUCGUGAAGAUGCUUGGUAACGGCCGUCUCGAAGCCCUUUGCUUCGACGGCGAGAAGCGUCUCGCUCACAUCCGUGGCAAGCUCCGCAAGAAGGUCUGGAUCAACCAGGGUGACAUUAUCCUUCUCUCGCUGCGUGACUACCAAGACGAAAAGGGCGACGUCAUCAUGAAGUACACCGCCGAUGAGGCCAGAAGUCUCAAGGCCUACGGCGAGUUGCCCGAACACGCCAAGAUCAACGAGACCGACACCUACGGCCACGAGGGCUUCGAGGACAACGUCGAGUUCGACGAGGACCGCGAGAGCGAAGACGAGAAGGAGAUCGAUGUCGACGAGCUCUAA